CAGAAUGGAGCGAGUUGAAAGAAAUCUUGUCAGAGGCAUUGGUGUUGUGUUGUCACAAGAAGAAACGGGGCCAAUUUUAGAAGAGACUCGGGAAAUGUUGAAAGAUCUUGAGAUGCUGAGGGAGGCAUCAGGUUUAGGUCAUUCUAGCUAUAGACCUGGAAAGAUCAGACUUGGCACAAGUGGAGCCCCAAGAUAUGAUGUGUCCAUGGAACAAUUAGAAUUUUUGGUUUCACUUGGAUUCACAGUCCCUAAAUUAUCUAAAUGCCUUCACAUCUCCAAAAGUACUGUCAGUCGCAGAUUGAGGGAAUAUGACAUCAGUUUGGCCAAAAAAUAUACACCAGUGAGUGAUGAAGAUCUAAAGAAUAUGAUAAAGAAUAUUACUGGAGAAAACCAACAGAUUGGUCCAAAUGCGGUGAGAGCUAGACUGGCAGGUCAAGGUAUCAUAAUUCAAAGAAGACGGAUAAGGGAAGUUUUGAAUGAAAUAGAUCCUGCUGGAGCCAUUGUGCGUAGUAUGAGAACACCGAUAAUUAGAAGAACAUAUUCAGUAGCCGGGCCAAAUUCUUUGUGGCAUUUUGAUGGAAACCAUAGACUGAUCAGGUGGAACAUUGUAAUCCAUGGCUGUAUAGAUGGCUACAGCAGAGUCAAUAUCUAUCUGGCAGCCAGAAACAACAACAAAGCAUCCACAGUUUUAGAUCUUUUUAAAAAGGGAGUGGAAGAGUAUGGUCUUCCAUCACGUGUUCGGUGUGAUAUGGGUAGGGAGAAUGUGUCUGUGUGUAGAUACAUGGUGGACAAAAGAGGGGAGAAUAGAGGUAGUGCUAUACAGGGUAAAAGUGUACACAAUCAAAGAGUGGAACGUCUGUGGGUGGACGUCUGGAAAGGAGUCACUAACCUAUACUAUGAUCUAUUUACCUACAUGGAAAGUGAGCACUUGUUUGAAAUAGGUAAUGCCAUCCACUUGUGGGCAUUACAUUUUGUUUUUUUGCCAAGAAUCAACUCUGAUUUGAGUCUUUUCCAGUCACAGUGGAACCACCAUGGGUUGAGGAGUGAGGGUCACAUGUCACCACAUCAGCUGUUUGUUUCAAGGGCCUUAGAACUGUUUGGUACUGAGAGAACUGCCGUGAAAGACCUGUUUGAUCCAACAAGUGAGAGUGAAGUAUCUGAAAUGUAUGGCGUGGAAGAUCUUGGGAUAGCAGAUCAAGAAGAACCACAAGAAGAAUCAGAGGAACAGAUUGUUCCUUGUCCUCUCAGUGAUGAGGUACUCGAAGAACUAAAAAACGAGAUAGAUCAACAUGGUGAAACUGACCAGCUUGGUAUUCAGUGUUAUUUACAAGUUCUUCAAUUUCUUCAGGAUCAAAGAAAUUAGGUGGAGCAGAAGAUCUACUCCUUGUAUAAUGCCUUGAAAUUUUCAUCUUUUUUCAAUCAUUUUCAGUUACUUUAACAGGUCAAGGAAACUAUUUUCUGUGACGUCAGAAUAAAUUUACAUGCUAAAUGAGGCACCAACGUGAAUGACAAACCGACCAAUCGGCUAAAUGAGUUGCAUUAUGGGUUACUACAAAAAAUACUACAUGUGCAUUUCGAAAAGGCUAAUUUUUCAAAUCGCUCUCGGAAAGACAGGAUGCAUUUUUCCAAGCAUUUUACACUCUUGAUACAAUAUGUACAACAUUAUCUACUAAUUCCAUGCUCACAUUUACAUACAAAUGUUUUACAACGGUAAAAUAUGGGUUUCU